GACUUCUGGGGCUUCCCUGGUGGCGCAGUGGUUAAGAAUCCUCCUGCCAAUGCAGGGGGCACGGGUUCGAGCCCUGGUCCGGGAGGAUCCCACGUGCCGCGGAGCCACUAAGCCCAUGCACCACAACUACUGAGGCUGCACUCUAGAGCCCGUGAGCCACAACUACUGACCCCGUGUGCCACAACUACUGAAGCCUGCGCACCUAGAGCCUGUGCUCAGCAGAAAGAGAAGCCACCACAAUGAGAAUCUCGCGCACUGCAACAAAGAGUAGUCCCCGCUCACCGCAACUAGAGAAAGCCUGCGUGCAGCAACGAAGACCCAACACAGCCAAGAAUAAAUAAGUAAAAUAAAUAUAAAAAAUAAAAAAGUAAAGAACAGACUUCUGAAAUUGAAAUUUAACUGGUCACACUCUUAAUAUUAGUAGGAGGGUGCAGUUUGUAGCAUACUGAUUUGGCUAAAGAAAGCAAGUUACUUUGCAGGCUUUAAACAGAACCAGCUCAGUUGGCAUUUGUCCUGGACUUAUCUAUUCAAAAUACAUUUAUACCCUCCUCCCAGCCUGUGGAAUGACCAUGAUUAUGGUUGCCAGAAAUAGAAGUAACCACCUCAGCCUUAUCACUGAGACAAGAGGAGAUUUAUUAGUGUUAACCAAACAGACACUGGAAAACAAGAAAACUUAAUUAUAUUUAAGGCAUAUCCAGCAGAUUUUCAUGCCCUCUAAUGGAAUACCUUAUCUGCCAAUGAUCUUCGUCUGUCUCGUGCUACAGAACAAUAUAAUGGAUUAAAGGUUGGGUUUUGGCUGGUUAAGGAUAGAAUUGAUCUCAAUUCCCCGACUGAACAAUUCCCAAAAUAGUUUUUUUUGUUUUUUUGUCUUUAAUAUUUAUUUUAUUUAUUUAUUUGGCUGCACCGGGUCUUAGUUGUGGCAUGGGGGAUCUUCUUUGCAGCAUGCGGGAUCUUUAGUUGCGGCAUGGAGGAUCUUUAUUUGCAGCACGCAGGAUCUUUUAGUUGCGACAUGCGGGAUCUAGUUCCCUGACCAGGGAUUGAACCUGGGCCCCCUGCAUUGGGAGCAUGGAGUCUUAACCACUGGACCACCAGGGAAGUCCCCCAAAAUAGGUUUUUUCACUCGUUCCAUUUUUUUAGUUUUUGCUGAGCUGGGAUUCCAUUCAGGGUAAUUACCAGUCCUGGGCCACUGGCGGCAGACUGACUAGAAAGUAUAGGACAGAAAAAAACAAUGUCAGAAAAUUGUGAUUAGUCCACUGUUGGAGACCUUGAUCACAAGAGUAAGAAAUAAUAAAAAUAUCAAAGAGGUGGUGUUAAAAAGCAGUUGUGGGUCUUCCCUGGUGGCUCAGUGGUUAAGAAUCUGCCUGCCAAUGCAGGUGACACGGGUUCGAGCCCUGGUCUGGGAAGAUCCCACAUGCCGUGGAGCAACUAAGCCCAUGCCCCACAACUACUGAGCCUGUGCUCUAGAGCCCACGAGCCACAACUACUGAGCCCGUGUGCCACAACUACUGAAGCCCACACGCCUAGAGCCUGUGCUCUGCAACGAGAAGCCAUCUCAAUGAGAAGCCCGCGCACCGCAACGAAGAGUAGCCCCUGCUUGCUGUAACUAGAGAAAAAGCCCGCGCGCAGCAACAAAAGACCCAACGCAGACAAAACUAAAAUAAAUAAAUUUAUUUUUUAAAAAAAAGAAUCAGUUGUGGUCUUCCAGUGUCUACCAAGCAAGAGAUAGAGAGUUGCUGGGAAGUAAAGAACCCCAAGAUAAACAGCAGAAACCCAUCUUACCAGCCAGGAUGGCUGGCUUCCUUUUUCUUUAUGCUAUUAGACAUUACAUUGUUUCUCUGGCUGUGGGAAUCUGCCACAGAGUCCCACAAAGGGCGGGACAUACCUGUCUUGAUGGACAUUCAGAAAUGGAAAGACCGACCCGCCGUGGGGUGCACAGGCCUGGCCCCAUCGGCGCCCAUAUUCUUGGAUGGUCGGGAAGACACUGCUGGUUACCCCUCUCUUCAGCCUCCAUGUCCCUGUGCCAACGUUUAGAUAAGGUCAAUGGGGUGACAGUUCACGGAGCCACGCCCCUCUUCAGUGCUUGCUGCAGUGGCAGCACUGCGUGCGUCAACGUGCUGCUGGAGUUUGGAGCCAAGGCCCUGCUCGAGGUGCACCUGGCUUCACCCAUCCACGAGGCAGUAAAGAGAGGUAAUAGAGAAUGCAUGGAGAUUCUGCUGGCAAAUAACGUUAACAUUGACCAGGAAGUGCCUCACCUUGGAAUUCCCCUGUAUGUGGCUUGCAACUAUCAGAGGCUAGACUGUGUGAAGAAGCUUCUAGAAUUAGGAGCCAAUGUUGACCACGGCCAGUGGCUGGACACCCCCCUCCAUGCCGCCGUGAAGCAGAACAGUGUGGAAAUCAUCCACCUGCUGAUAGACUGCGGGGCUAACCUCAAGUGCAGAAACGCUCAGGGCAAAAGUGCGCUUCAUCUGGCAGCUCCGAAAAGCGGUGUGGAGCAGGUUCUCCUGCUCCGGGAAGGCCCGCCUGCUCUUUCCCAGCUGUGCCGCCUGUGUGUCCGGAAGUGCUUGGGUCGCAUCUGUCAUCAGACCAUCCACAAACUGUAUCUGCCGGAGCCCCUGGAAAAAUUCCUCCUAUGCCAGUAGUCCCAACUGUCCACGGGAAGAUACUUGGAAAUAAACAGGUUGUUGCCUGCUGUACCCAGGGUACCUAGUGUAACACCCAACAGCUAGACUCUCAAAUGAGCUAAGCUACUUAGAGCACAUCCCUGAUGGACUGGCACACGGGAAUGAAAACUCCUGGUUAGUUUAAUGUUCUCUUUAACCAAGGGGCAAUCAGAAACUUUUCUGUUUUUAGCUCUUGUUGUUAAGAAACUUUACAAAAUUGCGAAGUAGGGUGAAAUUAAUAGGCUGUUUUUCAAGAUUCAUGAUCUUCGAUUAUCUAAGGAUUACCGUUCUGAAUAGCGUGUAGACACAUAUAAAUCUGGGUGGAUAAGAUUAGGAUGAAUAUAAGUAUUCCAAGAUGGGUUCCUGAUUUAGUUCUUCCCUUCUUCCCCCUUUCUUUCUUUCCUUCCAUGAAUAAAUCUCUGCGUGAAAUUUUUUUUAAAUAAAAAAAUUUUUUAAUUAAUUAAUUAAAAAGAAAGAAAUGGAAAGACCAAGGUAUGUGUAGUUUGAGUAAAUGUAAUGCCGAAGUAAGUCUUACUGGUUACUAUGUAAUAGCAAAGUCAAAAUUGUCUUUUUUUUUUUUUAACUACCCCAAAUGUCUUUAUAUAGUCACUGCAAUCUCAGUUCAGUAAUUCAGUGUUUUGCUAUUUCCUUAAGACCACUUAUUGCCAUUGCAUAGAGCUCUGAGAACAACACUAAUUGACAAGUAUCAUGUGAUGUUAAAACUUUGUAUGUGCUCUAGUUGAUAUUGAAAAGUGAUUUGAAUGGUAACUAUUGCACCCUCUCCCCACAAUCCUCCUACUCAGCAAUAGUUUUACUAACAAUGUUUUUGGCACUUAAUCUGCUUUAAAUUCAACUGUUUUAAAUUUAAAGAAAAUGAAAAAUAUCUUUAAGCUAUUUACCUACAUAAAUAAAUGUUUUU